UGUGCUAGACUUCGCGGUUGAUGCUCCGCCUCGCAAACGCAAAAUAUCGGUUGUCAAACAAAAGUGUCACAUUUGACCCUAAUAAAUCAAUUCCAGUCAGUCCACAGAAUUCAGUUUGACAACGGAUGGCGCGGAUGCGGCAGACUAUACUGAAAUAUUUAUUCCGAGAUUUCUAAAAUGGCUAACAGACAAGAACAACUGAACUUGAUAAGGGAAAACAUUGCCAGCUAUCCAGAUUUUCCGAAGAAAGGCAUACUGUUUUGGGAUAUAUUUUCUGUUCUACAAAACCCCGUAUUAUUCCACACUCUGAAAGAUGUACUGAUACAAAUUGCUAGAGAAAUCACACCACCAAUAGAAUGUGUAUCAGCGUUGGAUGCAAGAGGAUUUCUAUUUGGUCCGCUGAUAGCCCUAGAUUUGAACAUUCCGUUUGUUCCCAUAAGGAAAAAAGGGAAACUACCUGGAGAAGUACUUACAGUAUCAUACUCAAAAGAGUAUGGAGAAGAUACUCUUGAACUGCAGCUAGGAAGUAUCAAAAAGGGUCAACGGGUAUUGCUAGUAGAUGACCUAUUAGCUACGGGAGGAAGCCUAGCAUGUGGCUGCGAACUGAUUAAGAAAGCUGGAGGGGAUCCCGCAACGUGUUUGGUUAUCAUCGAAUUAGAAGAUCUAAAAGGACGAGAAAAUAUACCACACAAUAUUAUAUCGCUUCUGAAAUUUUAACAAUGUACUCAAAAUAUUGUGACAAAUAAAUAUUUUUUUACAACCG